UUAAAACCGGCACAUAAACAAGCGAAGAAAGUUAUUUGCCUAGCUAGAUUCUAGAUCUUACCAAAUCUUGCUUUAGCUUUAAUUUACCAAAAUGGAAAAGUUGAAUAAAUUACAAUGUAGCUUAUGUAAUUAUUGUUUUAAGUUUCUGUUAGACAGAUCAUUAUAUUUUACUUCCAUUAACACGGUUACGAAGCAAAAGCGUAUCUUAGACGUCUUAGUCGAUCCAAUGUCAAUGAUAAGCAGAUCAAGAUGUUCACUCACAGUCACACUGUCACUGAGUCAAAAGUCCGGUGUUAUUGAAAGGAAGUUUUUUGAAACAAAUAACAGUAAUGAGAUGCAAUGGAAAGUAGUUUCAAGAAACAGUUCUUCUAGGCCUAGCAUUUCUAGACUGUCUAACUCAGAGUUAAUAUGGACAACAAAUCAUGUGCCAUCAGUAUCUUUUACUCGAUCCUUUGCAACAGACUCAAGUGGCAGAGAUUUGCCACCAAAGAAAAAUUCAGAUGGUGCAGAUAAAUCACCCAUUUCAUGGAAACUUUUAAUUGUAGGUCUUGGGCUUGCUGGUGGAAUGUUAUUUUGGCUGAAAAUUGUUAAAAAGCAAAAAGAAGAGCGUAUAGAAAAAAGUCGUCAAAAGUAUUUAGGUAAAGCAAAACUGGGUGGUGAUUGGACCUUAAUUGACCACUUUGGUAACAAAAGAUCAAGCACUGAUUUUCGAGGCCAGUGGCUGCUCAUUUAUUUUGGAUUCACCCAUUGUCCAGAUAUUUGUCCAGAAGAAAUUGAGAAAAUUGUCAAGGUCAUCAAUAAAACAGAUAGUAUAGAAACUCUGCCCAAGAUUCAACCUAUGAUUAUCUCUGUUGACCCUGAAAGAGAUACACCAGAAGCUCUUAAAGAAUAUUGCAGUGAAUUUUCUCCUCGUCUCCUUGGUUUCACUGGAACUACUGAAGAGAUUUCAGCUGCUACUCGAGCGUACAGAGUUUACUUCAGCGCUGGCCCUAAAGAUGAAGACAAAGAUUACAUUGUGGACCAUUCAAUCAUAUCCUAUCUGGUCAACCCACAUGGGGAGUUUGUUGACUUUUAUGGGAAGGACAAGACUGUAGAUCAAAUGUAUGCUUCAAUUCACCUCCACAUCAAGAAGUAUUUGCAGGAGUUGAAAACACAACAGAGCUAGACAUCGACUUAGUUUUCUAGGUCAACUGGCAGUGAUUUGCUUUGACAGAAUUGUUUUAUAAAUUAUCUGAUUGAAAUUAUACAUGUGAUUUUCACACACUAUUCAUAUUUUGUAGAAUUCUUGAUGCAUAAAAUUUAAAGUCAAUGUGCCCUAUAUGUUGUAAUGUUUAAAAAAUAAUUUAUCAUGUAGAAUAUUUUUUCUCAAUUUUUUUUUACAUAAAUUAUAUUUGAAUGUAGGUGCAACAUAUUUGUAUAAGGUGCAAGAAUUGCCAUGGCCUAACAGAAUUAAGAUCUAAUAUUGCUGAAAUUUGUUAAAAAUCAAUUUAAAAAUAAUGACAAGAUGUUUUCCCACAGCCCAUGUAUUCAUUAUUAAGGAACAAUUGGUUAUCUUUUUUACAAAUAUAUCUGUGCCUAUUAUUUUAAACAAUUUUUGGUUUGAAAUAUUUUCUGCUAUAUGUUCAGUUAAGUGGAACUGAAAACAAAAAAUUCUAUUCAUAUGGUUUAGCUAUUAUCACUCUGUCUGUCUUUCUGUCUGGUAAAAACUUUGUACACAAUAUUUCUCAGACACCCAAUCUUGAAUCAGCUGAAAUUUUGCACAAUACAAAAAAAUAACCAAUUAAUUAAAUAUUGGUAAUUAAUUAUUUUGUAUGGCAUCUUGAAUAAGGGAAAGAAAUAGUACUUGACUGAAGUGGUAGUAUAAGCUGAAUUAGUCCCCUUUAUAGUUCGCCACUUCAAAUUAGUUUGAAACAAACAAUAGAUAAUUAUACAAUCUUCUAUUUUCAUACGCACCUCACUAGCAGAGUGGCUAGAAUGUCGGCUUAAAUCAUGUGUUCAAAUUCAGGCUGUUCACACUUUAAAAAAAAAAUGCUUUUAAAAAACAAUUACAGUCAAAUUUACCCAGAAAUCUUUUCUUUUUCCUCCCCACCCCCAUGUACCCAACUGGUCCAAAUAAGUGAUAGGAUCAUAGCAUAUUGAUAAAGCUUAAAAGUAAGAAAUAGUGCUUAACAAAAAACAAAACAAUUGGUAAAAAUAUUUCUAAUCGCAGAGAUUAAUUUUGUUAGUCUUAAUUACAUGACUGAUCCAAACUAAUUGAUACAACUACACUUUGUAUAAGCUUUGUUUU